AUGUCUGCCGGGAUCGGAAUCGCAUCUCAAACCGCAAGCUCGGACAACUUCGAAGAGCUCUGGAGGACGGCUCUGCAGCGCUACGAGAAAGAGACUGGACAAGACUUACUCGAGCACCCGUUUGAGAAGGCUAUUGCACUUAAACCCAGCAGCGCCAAAGUUCUCAUCGGGUACCUCGAACAACAAGACGCGUCGUUCAAGAGCUUUCGCUCCAAGGGCAAGAAAGUUUUAGGCGUACUCGAGUCUAUCACGAAUGUUAUCCUCCGCUUUCUCGACGUUGGUGCCGAGUUAGUUCCGAAUACAGUACCAGGUGGAAAGGCUAUCCUCGUUGCGCUUGGGGUUCUGCUGAAGGCAGUGAAUGGUGUUUCGAGGCUUUAUAACACCAUCGAGACUCUCUUCAACAUGGUUCAGGGAUGUCUCGAGCGCGUGCUCGUGUAUCUGGACGCCUCCAAACCACUCUCUUUGGCCCUCAAGAAGACCUUGAUCAAAAUACUCGCCCACAUUCUUACCUUGCUGGCCAUUGUCACAAAAUAUUGCAUCCCUACUCAUUGGGCUAUAAGUGAUACGAAGUCGACGAUAAAGACAGUGUGGAGGGUCAUCAGGCGCCGAAUCGCGGACUACUUUCGGGGCAUCCUAGGCAAUGAAGAUGUUCAGGAAGCUCUUGAGAAGCUGGAACUUCUUACGAACGAGGAGCAACUAGCGGUCGCGGCGGACACGAAUGCCACCGUUCGAAAGACCUACGACAGUACAGUCAUCAACGAUCUCCGAUCGUGGCUCCGCCCACCAGAACGGCUACCCAACAACUAUGAAAUGAAGAAGAAGCCCGGUAGCUGUCAAUGGUUUUUCAACGACCAAUUCAACCACUGGAUGGCGCACAGCAACGGAGUAUACUGGGUCUAUGGCGUUGCGGUCAUCGACAAGUUGGAGAAGGACCACAGUCUUCCUCUCGCAUACUUCUAUUUCGACCACACCGAUCGCGACAAGCAAGAUUGUCGCGGGCUCGCUUCUUCCCUUGUGUUUCAGAUCGGCACUCGUCCCGAAAGCCUCCCUCACCUCAAAGCACGAUAUGCAUCCCGUCUUCCUGGCCGCACACCCACACUUGAUGAUCUUCUUGAUCUGCUGUCGGGGAUACUUCCCUUAUGUGGAAAGAUCUUCGUGAUCAUCGACGCUCUUGAUGAGUGCCCGGAACGUGCGCGUGACUCAACCUUGUUGGACUUUCUCGGCCGCCUCUGUGAGAUCCAGAAGGACGACGCUAUAGAUCUUCGUCUUCUCGUCGUGAGCCGCCCGGAGCUUGACAUCCGGGAUCGCAUGCUUAAGCUUUACACGCAUGCCUUGGACAUUCGCGACGCUCACACGCACACUGACGAAAUAUACAAUCACAUCUCGGCCGAGCUUCACAAUGGCAAAUCGACGUAUUAUCAUGGCUGGUCCGAGGAUCUGACGAAACGGGUUCAUGCUGCUCUAAUGAAGAAAUCAAAUGGAAUGUUCUUGUGGGUUGUUCUCCAACUAAGGAUACUGAGACGUUGUUCCCCUGAGAAUGCUGAGGGCAUCUUGCGCGAACUACCGGAUACCAUUGAGGAAACAUAUGAACGGAUCUUGAACGAUUUCCCACGACAGAUUACAUUGAUCGAUCGCGCUCGCUGCGUCUUCGAGUGUAUCGCUUUUGCAAAGCGCCCGCUAUCUCUGAAUGCGGUGGUGGAGAUAUUCUCCGUGCGCUUCGAUACACCUACGGAGACAUCUAUUGACGCCAAUGCGAUGACUGAGAUCACAGACCCCGAGGUUUUCGUCUUAGGCAAAUGCCCCAGUCUACUCGACUUUGUCACAGCGCCGGACGGUGACAGGAUUGUCCAGUUCAUCCACCUCUCCGCCAAAGAGUACCUUGUCUCUUCCCUUAUCGAAUCGGCUACCUAUCCUGCCCCACUUUAUCAUCUGGACGCAGCAGCCGCCAAUUCUACGCUGGCAAGAGUCUGCAUUGCAAGCCUCAAUCUACAUGACAUUCUGUCAUCUUUUCAACAAUACGCUGCUGACUACUGGGAUGCUCACCUGACUGCACCCAUCCAAGUCUCCCUGCAGGACCAUCGCAUUCAUUUCUCUGGCGUAGAACAUCCUGAUAUAUUCAACACGUGGGCCCGGAAUCGAUUCGGUCGCGAUCGUAUGUUCGCACCGGACGACUUCUCUGAACUCGGAGAGAUCGUCAACCUGCGGGGAAAGCAUGGGAAGACAGCGUUGCACGUCGCUGCUCAGUGGGGAUGUGCGCAAAUCUGUCGCGCAUUGCUCGACCACAGAAGUACUCUCAUUGGCGAGAACGACGAGUACGGCAAUACACCUUUGCACUCUGCUGCAUAUUCAGGGAAUGUCGAUGCUCUCACGCCUGUCGUGCAAGCUAUGCAGACCGAAGGGAUUGUCGUGCAAGCUGUGCAGACCGACAGCCCUGAAGUCAACCGCCGGUCCUGCAACGACAAAGGGCAAACCGCGCUGCACAUCGCUACCCGGAGGGGUCACGUCAACGCUACUCGCAUGCUUCUCGAGUACUAUCUUCCCGUCUAUUGCACUGACAAGGGAGGCAACUUACCUUUACACAAUGCCGCACGCUCGGGUCAGCUAUCGACAGUCCGCCUCCUUCUGGACCUUCGUGAGGUACACAAUUACAGCGAGCAUUUCAUUUGCGGAGCCAUGGUCAGCGACGAAGUUCGCGCUCGCAAUCACGAAGGGCAUACCGCAUUGCACAUCUCCUCACAGAGGGGACACGCCGAUAUUGUUCAAGCGUUACUUGAGCACGGUGCCCUCGUCGAUGAAAAGGAUAAUGACGACAGGACGGCUGCGGACCUUGCCGAGGGAGAGGGACACUCUGAGGUCGUCCGCAUUCUCCACGAGUAUCGUGAGGAGCACAGCAUCUGA